AGAAGAAGAAGAAAACGGUUCCUAAAACGUUGCUUUUGUAGUUUACAUUUGCAAAAUCUGCGUGUUUUUUUGCUAAAUAUUGGCUUAAUGGCAGACAGUUGGAACACAGAUACCGGCGAAGCUGUGUAUCGGUCCCGGGAUGCUGUCAAGAACUUGAGAAUACGAGUGCGUCUAGAGAAGGUGACCUCCACAGCAGCCCUCUCUAAGCACCUGCAGCAGCAAGUUCGAUCCCAGCAGGACAGAGGAGCCAUUGAACUGGAAACCCUCACCUCACAAGGCCAGACAGCAGGUGAUAAUGAGGAGGAGUUGGUGGUGGGCUGGCAGGAGAAACUCUUCAGUCAGUAUGAGAUGGAGCUGUUCCAGAACGAGGCAGCAUGUCAGACCCCUCUGGACCGUCAGUACCACACAGAAGUCAAGGCCCUGAACAAGGCCAAGGGCCGACGUAAUCACAGGAUUUUUACAUAUACUGAUCAUGACCGCUACACCAGCUGUCUUCCAUUUGACCAACUGCAGCACUCAGCUGACUUAUUGACCACAACCAAAUCCAGCCCCACGUUCCUGGCUGAAAGGAUGGCCAGCGUGAGACACAGACGGCAGGACAGACGCACCAUGGAUUGUAGUGUCCCUAAGACAAAGAUCGUCAACUGGGAGCCCACAGCGGAGUUUGUGAAGAGCAGUCAUGUGGUGAAUAAUGCCAUGCAGACCAUGCAUAUCAUGGGAGACCUGGCUCCCCCUGGAAGGCUGGGCCUAAAAGAGAAUGAAUACUUGCUGGUAACCAUAAAAACAGACGGCAGUGGAACAGUCAUUGUAAAACCUGACUUCAACAAAGGCAAAGAGCCUUACAGGAUUGUAACAACGGGGGAGAAGAGAGAAGUUUGGCGCCUCACUAUUGAGAAUGUAUGCACCACCAUGCAACCAGAGGAAAAGGAGAGGGAGCAGAACAUGUACAAAGACCUGUACGUACGGCACAAGGAGUACCUCAAUAGCCUUGUUGGACAAGACUUUGAAAUGCCUCCUUUAGGCAUUCUGCGUUACCUGAUGAAUGGAGAGAUAGUCUCAGCCAAAGGCUUUGAAUAUGAUAACUUAUACAUCCACUUCUUCAUGGAACUGCCGAACAAUUGGUCCAGCUUGCCAUUUCAGUCUCUCUCAGGGGUAACGCAGACGUGCCGGGCCAAAACAUUAGGGAAGGAAAACGUAGCUUUCUUCAGUUACCCCUUUAGUUUUGAGGCUUUCUACAUGAGUGAAAAGGAGAGCGAGGAGUCAAUGCCCCAGUGGCCAGUGAUCUACUUCAAGGUUCUUUCUCUGGACUCCUGGCAGCGAUUUCGAACUGAAGGCUAUGGCUAUCUGCUUUUUCCUGCCAUGCCUGGAAAACAUACAAUAACAUGCCACACGUGGAGACCCCUUCAGACCGGGACAGUCUCUGCACUGAGGCGCUUCUUCAUUGGAGGUUCUCCGGAGCUUGAGGACCACAGCUAUGUCAGAAUACCAGGGACCUUCAAGGGAGAGAGGCUGAGUCGCUUUGGCUUUUGCACUGAAACCACAGGAAGUGUCACCUUUAAUCUGCACUGCAUCCAGCAAGCCAGGGCAUUUGUUGAUGCCACCAUGUUGAAGAAGAGGAGACAGAAAGUUUUUGACCAGCUGGGAGGAUUUAGUCAGCAAGGAGCUGUUUGCACCAUCCUUGAGGCCUUCCAGAGGGCCAGGAAAAAGAUGCAAGAGGCCAGAGAAAGUCUUCCCAGAGACCUCGUACACACCACCUCUCAACUUCAGGCCGAAUCCUCUGCAUAGAUGUUCUAACGGUGAAGAGACUGUCGUUCUAUCAAAUACAUAUAAACAUCCAAGUGGCUUAAACCUACUAUGUAGAAUUGUAGCCACAUUACCAGCAAUUAAAAGUUGCUGUUUAAAAUAUUGCACAUUAAAUGUGUUUUGCUGAUAAGACUACGAUGUACUGUAAUGAGACAGAGAGAAGAAAACAGUUUGUUAUUGCUAUGUAUUCUUUGUAAAGAAAGCUAACAUGUGGGUAAGGGUAAUAACUUUGGUAAAUAUGGAUAUAUUUGGUAAUAAAUAAGGAGCAAAGCCAAUAUGCCUAGUAAGUCUGUUAUCAACAUGCAUUUCAUUGUUUGUACAGUCACUGUUUGUCUAAGAUUUGAGUAAAUAGUCUCUUUUUCAGUGUCAUAGGCGCAGUGAUGCUUGUGAAAA